GCGCUGGGGACGUUGUGCCUGUUUGUGUGUGUGUGUGUGUGUGUCAGCGAGCUGCUGCUCCGCGCUGGGGACGCGCUGGCAGCGAAGCAAAUCCUCCUCUAUCCAAAGCGGCGUUUAGGAGCGGGUAAGUGCAGAGACGGCGGGGAGAACGAGUGAAGCCCAGCUCGCCGAUGCAAAAGGCAAAAUGCAGCAAUCCAUCCUCACCAUCCUGUGUUCGGGAUUGUUGGGAUGUGUUUUGGGAGCGUUCCCCAGCAGCUUGCAAAUCGGUGCUCUCUUCCCCAAACAGCAAUCCCAGGAAUAUUCCGCUUUCCGAUUCGGAUUAUCGUUCUACAACACGGACACUUUGUACAAGCUCAUCACCCAAACGGAGAACGUGGACAUUAGCAACAGUUUCGCCGUCACGAACGCCUUCUGCUCGCUGUUCGCUCGCGGAGUCUAUGCGAUCUUUGGGUUUUACGACAGGAAGACGGUAAACACACUCACAUCGUUUUGUGGAGCCCUGCACCUCUCGUUCAUCACUCCCAGCUUCCCUGUCGAUACCUCCAACCAGUUUGUCAUUCAGAUGAGACCUGACCUACAGACUGCUCUGCUCAACCUCAUCGAACAUUACAAAUGGCAGAAGUUUGUGUAUAUUUACGAUGCUGAUCGCGGACUGUCUGUACUACAGAAGGUGCUGGACACAGCUGCAGAGAAGAACUGGCAAGUGACGGCAGUCAGUAUUGAGAGCACCACUGAAGAAGGUUACCGGAUGCUCUUCAAAGAUUUGGACAAGACAAAGGAUAGGCACGUCAUCAUUGACUGCGAGGCUGAUAAGCUCACCACCAUCAUGAAUCAGAUCAUAAGCAUUGGAAAACAUACCCAAGGGUAUCAGUACAUCUUCGCAAGCCUGGGUUUCAUGGACAUGGAUCUCGAUAAAUUCCGGCAUGCAGGAGCAAAUGUGACUGGGUUUCAGAUUGUGCGGCCUGACAGUGCUCAAGUAUUAAAAUUCCUUCAGCGUUGGAAGAAACUCGAUGGCAAAGAGUAUCAAGGAGUUGAAGGACAUAAACUGAAGUAUACGUCAGCUAUGACCUUUGAUGGAGUGCUCGUGCUGUCUGAAGCUUUCAAGUACCUACGCAAGACAAGGAUCGACAUCUCUCGGAGAGGAAAUGCAGGAGACUGUUUGGCAAAUCCUGCUGUACCUUGGGGUCAAGGGAUAGACAUUCAACGAGCCCUACAGCAGGUUCGUAGUGAUGGAUUAACUGGGAACAUUCAGUUUAACGAAUUUGGACACCGGACCAACUACACUGUCAAUGUGUUGGAGCUGAAAAGUGAUGGAAUUAGAAAGAUUGGCUAUUGGAAUGAAGAUGACAAGUUUGUUGCAACAACAGGAGACCAUCACAUUGGCAACGACACCAGUGGCAUCCAGAAUCGGACGUAUUUUGUAACGACAAUCUUAGAACCUCCUUACGUGAUGCUGAAGAAGAAUCAUGAUCAGCUAGAAGGUAAUGAUAAAUACGAAGGUUACUGUGUGGAGCUGGCAGCGGAGAUUGCCAAGCACGUGGGCUUCAAGUACAAACUCGCAAUCGUGGCAGACGGAAAAUACGGAGCGAGGGAUCCAGACUCCAAAGUGUGGAAUGGGAUGGUCGGCGAGCUUGUGUAUUCAAAAGCUGAUAUCGCAGUGGCCCCAUUAACCAUCACCUUGGUGCGGGAGGAGGUCAUUGACUUUUCCAAACCUUUCAUGAGCUUGGGGAUCUCCAUCAUGAUUAAAAAACCCCAGAAAUCCAAACCGGGGGUUUUCUCCUUCCUGGACCCCUUGGCGUAUGAGAUCUGGAUGUGCAUCGUGUUCGCCUACAUUGGUGUGAGCGUGGUCCUGUUCCUGGUGAGCAGAUUCAGCCCCUAUGAGUGGCAAACAGAGGAGUACGAAGACGGACCUGAUGCCCAAAGUCUCGACCAGACCAACGAGUUUGGAAUAUUUAACAGUCUCUGGUUCUCUCUGGGCGCCUUUAUGCAGCAAGGAUGCGAUAUUUCGCCAAGAUCUCUGUCGGGCAGGAUUGUUGGUGGAGUUUGGUGGUUCUUCACCUUGAUCAUCAUCUCAUCCUACACUGCCAACUUAGCUGCCUUCCUGACAGUCGAGCGAAUGGUGUCUCCCAUUGAGAGCGCAGAGGACCUUGCAAAGCAGACAGAGAUCGCCUAUGGAACACUUGAUGCGGGAUCAACAAAAGAGUUUUUCAGGAGAUCAAAGAUUGCCGUCUUCGAAAAAAUGUGGGCGUACAUGAAGUCUGCUGAACCGUCGGUCUUUGUCAAAACCACAGAGGAAGGUGUAAUCCGUGUGAGAAAGUCCAAAGGGAAGUAUGCCUAUCUCUUGGAGUCAACUAUGAAUGAGUACAUUGAGCAGAGGAAGCCGUGUGAUACCAUGAAGGUUGGAGGUAACCUCGACUCCAAGGGAUAUGGUGUGGCUACACCAAAAGGAUCACCUUUACGAAAUCCCGUAAACCUGGCAGUUCUUAAACUGAACGAGCAGGGACUCUUGGACAAAUUGAAAAACAAAUGGUGGUACGACAAGGGGGAGUGCGGCAGUGGAGGCAGUGACUCCAAGGACAAGACGAGUGCACUGAGUCUGAGCAACGUAGCAGGAGUUUUCUACAUCCUGAUUGGUGGACUUGGAUUGGCAAUGCUCGUGGCGCUAGUGGAGUUUUGUUACAAGUCAAGAACCGAAGCAGCACGAAUGAAGCAGCUUUCGAUAAGUGAAGCGAUGAGGGCCACGGAAAGGGUCCCAGCACAGGGAGGCACUGGUGAGAACGGGCGGAUUGUAACCCACGAUUACAGCAAGUCCAUGCAAACCUUACCCCGUAUGAGCCACACAAGUGGAAUGAGUCUGGGUGCCACUGGGAUCUCAUAACCUCAGAAAGUGACACAAGCAAACCCAGGAAUGGCUCAGCGAACUGAACAAAUAAGUUAUGGGGACUUUUUAAUAACAAUCUUCAUUUAAGGAAACUAACAAAAAAAAAUUGUUGCAAAAUAUUGUAAAGCUGCAAUAAUUGGGAGGAGGACUCUGAGAGUAAGAUCUGUAUCAAACUAUUCCAUGUGGGAACAGAACUGUGUCUGUUCAUCUUCGGUGGACCAUUUGUUUCUAGUUGGUGUUUAGUAUUUCUGACAGGAAUCACAAUCUUGCAUUAACUGCUGUGAAUGACUGAGUUAGUCACAGAGAAGCUCGGUCCAACCAACCACUAAUCUGCUUCCAAUAAAACCUCCAACUCUCACAGAAUUCAUCAAUACUCCAGCUGCAUUCGCUCAGUUAUAGAAUAUUCAAUACAGGGAAACAAAGGAUAGGGAACUAAUGAAUAAACACAAAUAAAUCAGGUUAAAAUGCUGAAGAAUAGAAAUGGGGAAGCGAUGGGCGGAAUGUAGAAAAAUGAAGAGAGGAAAUGUUGGAGCUGGGAGGGAGGGAUGUUAGUGAUAUUGUGUGGAUCGAGGUCUUGCUUUAACUCAAGGUAACAGAUAAUUCCAAAAUGUCAAGAAAAUGAGUGUCCUGCCUUUGAAAUAUUAAACACAUCUUCUUAAGGUCAUUGUUUACUUCAAGCGAUUUUGCUGAAUAUUAUUUCAAGUCACCUUAAAGAGACAAAAAGUGUUAAGUUUUUAACAACAUUGCCUAAUGAAGCAGUAUUUCUGUCUCUGUGUAGGAUUCCCCUGUUAGCUAGUUGCUAUUUGCUGUUACAUGCUUUGGACUGUGCAUCUGCUUUUACAGCUUGUCAUUGGUGGUGAUGUUUCUGUGUUUCUAGAGGCUCAUUUAAUAGUUACCCAUCUGUUAGCAGGCACAGGACCGAGAGAUGGACAACAGUCUAAAAACAGAUGUCAUUCAAAACACUCUAUUGGUCCCGUUUGCACUUUGGAGUGGUUUAAAACAGUUUUAUAUAAUUGUUUGUACAAGAACAUUAAACUAAAUAUACAUUAGAAA